AUGGGUGCCGCUUCGAGCACCGAGGCCGAGAGGGAGCCGCUUCUCGUGCCGUCCCACGCCGCGACGUCGAGACCUCCGUCGCCUGUCAACAGCCGAGUGUACGGCCGAAGAUGGCUGGUCCUCUGCCUGUUCUCCCUGCUUGCCCUUAUGCAGGGGAUGGUGUGGAACUUUUGGGGGCCCAUUCAGAACUCGGCCGCUCACGCUUUCGGCUUCACUAAGUCCGACAUCGCGGUGCUGGUCCUGUGGGGUCCGGUGGGUUUCGUCCCGUGGCUGCUCUUCAUGUGGCUCAUGGAUAAAAAAGGUCUUCGGGCAUCCCUCCUGCUGUCGGCCUUCUUCAUGCUGCUGGGGGCGGUGCUCCGGAGCCUCCCCCUGUCGGACCCGGCUCUCCGGCGCUGGUUAAUCCACGGUGGCCAGCUCCUGAACGGUUUGGCCGGUCCCACCAUCAUGAGCGCCGGCCCCUUCCUGUCCACCACAUGGUUCGCACCGGACCAGCGAGCCACCGCCACCGCCGUGGCGUCGCUCUUCUCCUACCUGGGCGGGGCUGCCGCCUAUGUGGCGGGACCCCUGCUCGUGCCCGCCCCCAACGGCACCCAGGGGGUGGGCCACCGGGUGUCGAUGCCCACGCCCGUUUUGGAUGGGGCCAUCCGGGAGAAGAUCCAGCUGGUUAUGUACAUAGAGCUGGCCGCCAUCGCCGCGCUAUUUGCAGCUGUCCUCUUCUACUUCCCCUCGCGCCCACCGCUACCCCCCAGCGUGGCCGCCGCCAGCCACAGGCUCAGCUACAGGAGCAGCAUCUGCAGACUGCUCAGUAACCUCCGCUUCCUGAUGAUAGCUCUGGCUUACGCAGUGCCCACAGGAGUGAUCGCCGGCUGGGCGGGCGUCCUUGACAUGAUCCUCACGCCAGCCAAAGUCAGCCAGGUGGACGCCGGCUGGAUCGGCUUCUGGUCCACUGUGGGCGGCUGUGUCUUUGGGGUGGCCAUGGCCAGGUUUGCAGACUCCAUCCGGGGGAUGCUGAAGCUGAUCCUGGUGCUGAUGCUGGCCGGCGCUUCGCUUUCCUCCACCUGGUUCACGCUCACCUGCCUCAGUCGCCUCACGCACUUGCCCUCCAACGCCGCCAUCUUGUACACGUCGUGCAUCCUGGUGGGCAUCUUCAUCAACAGCAGCGUGCCCAUCUUCUUCGAGCUGUUCAUCGAGACGGUCUACCCGGUCCCUGAAGGCAUCACGUGCGGCGUGGUCACCUUCUUGGGCAACCUGGUCACCGGCCUGCUGCUCUUCUUCCUCACCUUCUACUGUACAGAUUUGUCGUGGCUGAACUGGUGCCUGACGGGCUCGUGCGUCUUCAGCCUGGUGCUCAUCCUCUUCUUCCGGGAGUCGUACGACCGCCUCUACCUGGACGUCUUCGUGUCCGUGUAACCGCACGCGCACUACAUGGAC